UGGAGUUUUAAAGAGACUGAACCUAUUAUUUUUUGAUAUUGUUAAUGUUUUACGCGAACACUGUGGGUUUUAUCACGAGGCAGAGUUUGUUGCUCGUGUAUCUGUAUCUGUAUCUGAUGAACGGGUCAUAACCGGUACAUUAACCGUCCAAAUGACCAGCCAACCACAAUAAUAUAGAAAACAACAUCUAGAGCAGUGUGUAACCGGUGGAACUGUUGGUGGAGUGGUGUUAUUCGGCCAUUUUUAAAGCUUUCUGUCUGUGGUCAGUGUGCAGUUGUCAGUCAGUCAGCAGCAGCAGCAGUACAGUGAGAGUCACAAGGCGCACGUGCACACAGCAGGAAAUUAGCAGGUCCUGUUGGUCUGAGUGAAACACAGCGAAGUUCUCAUUAUUGUCAGGGGUUGAUUUGAUUAUUAGUCUUAUUUAUUUAUUUAUGUGGUGCACGUGUUCCGUGUGGUGGCUCCUGGUGUUACUGUACAGCACGUGGUUGUUCUCCUCCUCCACCUGUAACCCGUUCAGCACGUUGUUCAAAGGCCUCACAUGCAGCAGAUACUCAAGUAAUAACAAUCACCAGGUCUGUCAGUAGUGUAACUGUAACCCCUGCUGAGGGAAAUUAGCUUCCCAAUGCUCGCCUGUAUGCGAUAUGGCAUCAACAACCUUCCUAAACAUGAAGUACAGCGCAUACAUUUUUUCGUCCUUUUUUGUUUUCUUUUCUUCUAUGAGAAACGCUGAACCUUAGCCUAAACUAAGAUAGUACGGAGCUAACAUGAUGGAGACCUCCGGUGUAUGUGGAAUGGAGGCAGCCACACGUGGCCUUGUGGAGGGUAGCAGUUCCCCUCCUACUAGUGUGACCCCUUCUCAAGAUAACCUUGGGGAGUUUGGAGGACUGAUUAACACCUGCUGCAACAAAGAGGUAAGAGGGGAGACACCUGGGAGAGAAGAUUGCCGGAUUGACCCCCUUGAAGGAGAACUGGACUCGAGUGGCGAUCAGAACAAGGACCAAAAUAUGUUUGGAAAAGAAGUGCUGCUACUGAUGCAAGCCCUUCACACUUUAGCCACUCCCGAGGAAAAACUUGCUGCUCUUUGCAAAAAGUAUGCUGACCUGCUAGAAGACAGCCGCAAUAUGCAGAAGCAAGUGAAGGUGUUGCAGAAGAAGCAGACGCAGGUCCUCAAAGAGAAGAUCCAUCUUCAGAGUGAACACAGCAAGGCUAUUCUGGCUCGCAGCAAGCUGGAAAGCCUUUGCAGGGAACUACAACGGCACAACAAGACCCUGAAGGAGGAGAACGCCCAGCGGUUCAGAGAAUACGAAGAGAGGCGUAAGGAGGCCACACUUCAUUUUCAGAUGACUCUAAGUGAGAUCGAAACACAGAUGGAGCAGCACAACACCCACAACACCAAGCUGAGGCAGGAGAACAUGGAGCUGGCUGAGAAACUCAAGAAGCUCAUUGAGCAGUAUGAGCUGCGGGAGGAGCACAUUGACAAGGUGUUCAAGCACAAGGAGCUUCAGCAGCAGCUGGUUGAUGCAAAUCUUCAGCGGACGGCUGAGCUGAUGAGAGAGGUGGAAGAGAAGCAGCAGAGAGAGAGAGAACUUCUUCUGAAAGAUGCAACAGAAUCAAGACAUAAAUGUGAGCUGAUGAAGGAACAGGAGCUUCAGUUGAAGCAGCAGCUUACUCUUUACAUGGACAAAUUUGAAGAGUUUCAGACGACCCUUGCUAAGAGUAAUGAAGUGUUCACCUCCUUCAGACAGGAGAUGGAGAAGAUGACCAAGAAAAUCAAGAAGUUAGAGAAGGAGACCACUCUUUGGAGGACCAAAUGGGAGACUAACAACCAGACCUUACUGCAGAUGGCAGAGGAGAAAACUGUGCGGGACAAACAGUACAAGGCUCUCCAAGGGAAACUGGAGCGUCUGGAGAAGCUGUGCAGAGCCCUGCAGAGGGAACGCAACGAUCUGAGCCAGAAACUAGGAGCCCUCCAGGGCCCAGCAAAGGAUCCUGAAGAGGAGGGGACGGGACCCCCAGACCCCCAGCCAGAGGAGGCUUUCAGCCCGCCUGCGAAUGUAGGGAUGGAUGGAGAGGUAGAGGGAGAAAUGGAAUGUUUGGCCCCGGAGACAGAGAGGCUGGCGCUGCAACCACAGAUUGAGGAGACAACCAGAGAGCAUCUUAAUGACGACUGAGCCAGGCCCGUUGAGGGACGAUUUUUUUUUUUUUUUUUGUGGAGGUAUAUAUUUUUGUGUAAUAGUUAAAACUAAAAACAUGAUUAGUAUGAAAACAGCUCUGUACAUCGGUGAUUGGCUUUGUGAUGAGCACUUUUUACUCGCUUUUUCUACCACGUGUAUUUUUCUUAGGAAACAGUCAUGUGGUCUAACAGGGACUACAGCUUUAGUGUUCCAUGCUUAAUUCUUUUUGUUUAGGUUUUCCCCUUCCAGCUAAUUUCUGCUCCGAUUUGAGAUUUGUUUUUUAUGAGAAAAUGUAGCUCUCAGAUCUGGCUUCUAGUAUUGAAAUAAAUGGAUUCAGAUGCAUAUAAAGAUAGUGAUAUUUUGACCGUCUGUAGUUAACUAACCAGCUAUGUCUAAUUAACAGUGCAAUUGCAGGGCAUUCAUGAAAGGAACGAUCAUGAUCAGGUUUCUUAAAACUCCAGAAGAAAGAACGUCGAAUGGGUUUUGUUCUUCCAUUUAAAUAUAAAUUUACAGAAUUUACAGAUCUUAAUGUUAUAGUUUUUAUUCAUCUCUGAGAAUAUACUGCCUGUAUGUAUCUUUUCUUUUCAUGGGAUACUCGGAAUUAACUUGGAAUUAAGGGCUAGUUUGACUUAACAAGGCUGCUAUAAACAGAGUAUGUGAAAUGUCUGGACUACUUUGACACAAUUUCAGACAGCAUCAAAGCUGGAGUUUCUGCACGCCCAUUUACAAAUGUGGCUGCAAACUGUCUUUUUCUAAUACAACUAAAAUGUGAUGGGCUUGUUCAUUGAAAAUCCUACCACUGUAAUAUAGUAAGACUAGUUUACAGUAACAUCUAGGGUUCCUUUGUGUGCAUCAAGGUACAUUUAAGAAAUUUUCCUUUAAAACUUGACACAUUCAUAUUAUAUAUAGAAAACUACAUGAUAAAAAGUGAAAGGUUUGUGAACUAAACAUGGGAGAUGGUUUUGUUUUGUUCCAUACAAAUCAUGAUAAAACUUAUUACUUUGCAAACCUAUGUUGUCAUGUGCCCUAGUAGUGAGGCAGAUAAAAUACAAAAAAUAAAAAAAUUAAUUAACUAAAAUAUCACAUUUACCUAAAUUGAGAAACUAAACCAGACCACCUUGAGCUUAAUUACAGUUUCUGAAUGCUUUAAAUGGUCAACCAGGCAACUAAAUGGGGGGAAACUUUUUAAUACAGUGGCAACAGGCCUACAUUGUUUCAAUUUAAUUGACCAUAUUAUUGUAAUGACUUGAAUGACAUUUAAAAUGUAAUAUUUCUUAAAUUCAUAUAAUGUGAAAUGCCGUUUAAUUAAUGUUAGCUUUAAGAAUUUUCAUUAUCUGUUAAUGAAACUUUAGAUAUUAUUCAUUUGCAAUAGCUGUCUUUAGUUAUGCACUGCACUUGUACUACAACAGCUUUCCAUGAUAACCGGAAAUAAAACCGUCUGAAAUUCGUUUAUGAUUAAGUUCAGAAGAGGCCUUGACAUCUUUGAUACUUGACUGGAAAUAAUGAAUGUUUUUUCUUUUCUUUUUUUUUUUCUUUUCUGAGGCAAUUGUGUAAUGAACAGGAAUAAAAUGCAAAUGCUAUCGUUCAGUAGCUGUGAGCCUUGUAGCUGUCGCUGACUAUGUCAAAGUCCCAUGUUGAAAUUAUGCAAACUUAAUAAGGCACAUAGGCUUAUGCCUCUAAUUUCAUACAGUCAUUAAACAGGAAAACAGGGUUUUUGAGAACAUCCCCUCAGGUCCGUAUCGAGCCACCUACAGUAACAUUCCACAAUUAUUUGACUUGAAAAACACAUUCCAGUAUUUUUACAUAGUACUUAAAUGGUUCCCUUUUCAUCAGCAGACAUGCACACAUGGUCACUGGAAAACCAUUACUUUAGGAUUUCACUUUAAGUUAGUGAACUGGGAAAACAAAUGUGGGCAACUUGAUCCAUGUAUUAAAAAAAAAAAAAAAAAAGAUGCUCUGCUAAAUAAAUUAAAAGAGGCUGGACCCCUGCAGGUCUCAGUCAGUUUAGGAAAAGGUUUCAUUGCACCACUGACGCAUCCCUUUGCUUGAAUUUGUUUUAAAAUUUGAAUGUUUUUAAUGCUCUUUAGAUAAAGUAUCACAUGUUCCUGGCAUGUAUGACUUCGACUUCUAUAAGUUAUAAUUAACCCAGUAUGCAGUGAGGUUUAGAUUGUAACUGAGGACAGUUUAGUAUUUUGGUACUGUCAGAGUGUCUCUUAUCUACUUUGCUGUUGCCCCAGUUUGAUUCUCAGGUUAUGCAAGAAAUCUACCUCCACAGGCAAAACUGUGAAAGAGGCUAAAGGCAGCAAUUGCUAUGAAUUGUUCUUUCUCCCUUAACUGAAUCUGUGUCCCCUCUGAGACCGAAUGCUAUUGUAGCCAUGUCUUGCUUUUCAAUAAAAUGUUUUGUAGAUUUU